CUUUCUUUAUUUUGUUUUAUGAUUAUGCUCUGACUUUUGUUUUUCCUGUUUAUUUAAAAUUCAUCUGGAAAUUAAUAUAUUUUUAUCAAACCUUUGCAUUCCUACAGAACUUAGAUGUACAAACCACUGCGUGUAUGUUUAAUGUUGGUGUGUGUUUCUAAAUUUACAAGUAAAUGCUCUGUAGAGAAAAAAUCCACCUGAUCAGUAGGUGGUUAUGCAUGCAGAAAUUGUAUAUUUACUGUUACAAGCCUCAACUACUUUAAUCCAAACUGCCAAUAAUGCUGAACUUUAAAGUUGCCAUAUAUCAGAAUUUUAAAGUUUAGAAGCCCAGCGUCCAAUAAGAAAAUCGCCAAAAAUAUGCCUUUCAGCAUCCAGUUCCUGUGCUGCCAUGUCCAAGUUUCAGUUUAUUAGGUUCAGAUGGGUGAUGUUGCACAAAAAAAAGCUAUAUGUUGACAUAGUUUAAAAUGGGAUUAAAUCUGUUAGACUGUGUGACCAGUUGGUCACUGCCACUUACCCAUCUCCCCUUUUUGGACAUAUUUUCUAUGAGUUCAAUUGCUGUUUAUUUAGAACCAAUAUAUUGAUCUGUUGAUAUUUCAUAAAGUCUUCAAUUAUGUAGAUUUUCAGGCCUUAACUGUUUAUUUUCAGCUCUUUUCCUAUUUGCACCGUACCGAAUGGUAUAGGUGAACAAAAAAAUUUAUGUGUAUACAUACAAUCACUGAAAACAUAACUUCAAAUAUGUGUACUGUAUUGGCAACAGAUAUAUAUAUAUAUAAUGAAAGCAUGCAUUAGCAGUACGGUACUUUUCCUUGUAAAGAAAAUUGUUAAACUGUAAGACACAAAGACUAUGAGAGUUGUUUUAUGUGCUUUCAUUUUUUUAAAUUCAAAACUGUGAACUAAUGCUGUGCAGUUUAAUAUGUGUUUAAUCAGUGCUGUUUUCAUGCAGUGUAGCAAAUGUCUGUUGAUGCUCAUGAAAAUUGUGUGCCUAAGGCUGUCAGGUUACUUAAUAGCUGUUAUCCAAACCCUUUCAUACCAUCAUGGUAGUUGUUUCAGUCUAAAUUCCCUUAAUUAAGUCUCUGUAUGUUAAGUGGCAAACCUUGGUUAAUGUGUAAAUUCUGACCUUUAUGUAUUUGUUUUAAAAUAAUGAGUUUUGGCUGUGUUAUCUUUCAGCAUGAUGUAUUGUAUAUAUAUUUUUUCCAAACUAAUGGACUUACAUGGUGUUGGUAAACACCAUGGCUUGUUAAACAUAUGAGUAGUGCAUGAAUAAAUUAAUGAAAUGCAUUUAAGCAAUGGUUUUAAUUCUGUCUGUUAAUGACCGGUCUGCAACUAAGAACAACAAAAAAUCCAAAUGAAGAUAGAUCUCUUUGGCUUUCCAACAUUAAAACUGGGCUUAACAAAAACAACAACAAAAAACAAAAAAAACAACAAAAAAAAAACCGCUGGAAGACUGGUGCCUACCUGUAGCGUCUGUAACCAAAAUCUCGCGAGAUGACUGUGAUACGCACCGUGCCUCCGGUGCCUCUCUUAAUGGCUCUUCGGUGAGUCGGUCCGUCAGUCAGUCGGGCUGACAGGAUGAGUCUCCUCUCUUUGACUGUCGGCUACUGUAGGAACCGAGUCCGGACGCUGAGCCGCAACUAUUCCUCUUCAUCUACUUUUCGCUUCUUCGUGGUUCUCACAUCGAAGAAAUCACUCAUCCAAAGAAGAUGCGGAGGUUUACAUCAACACAUUUUCCAAGUUACUCGGUUACUUAGCUCAAGGAAACAGCCAAAAGAUGGAAAUAUAAAAGAAGAGUCUCGUGGAAGGGAAUGGCAGGACUCAAAUAACGGGAAGGACCAAAGACGAAAACGAUGGAAAAAAGGGGAAUCAUACUGGUGGUCACGCUUUCAGGAGGAAUUUCCCUUUGAUGAUAAAACGGUCCAGAACCUAGCAGCCGGUGCAGCAGGCAUGGCCUCAGCUUUCUUGUACUUUCACUUUAGAGAAACAGGAGUCCAGAUCUCCUGGAAGGAUUUUGUGCAUCACUACUUGAGUAGAGGCUUGGUGGGCCAUGUUGAGGUUGUCAACAAACAGUAUGUCAAAGUAUUUCCAGCCCCCGGCGUGAACACAUCUCGAGUGAACUAUUUGUGGUUCAACAUUGGCAGCGCAGACUCAUUUGAGCAUAACCUGGAGCUAGCACAGCAGGAAAUAGGUCUGGACUCCACUCAGAAAGUACCUGUGCUCUACAGCAGUGAAAGUGAUGGGACUCUGUUUUUGAGUGUUCUCCCAAUCUUACUUGUGGUCGGAUUUUUACUUUUUGCAACACGGCAGGGGCCGAUGGCAGGAGGACUUGGUGGCUGGGGGAGAGGAGGCCUCUUUGGGAUAAGUGAAUUCAAAGCCAGGAUAAUUAAAAACAAUGUCAGUGUCCAUUUUAAAGAUGUUGCAGGGUGUGAGGAGGCCAAACAAGAUAUCUUGGAGUUUAUCAAUUUCCUGAAAAGCCCACGUCAGUAUCAUGACCUGGGUGCUAAGAUUCCUAAGGGUGCAGUGCUAUGGGGCCCAUCUGGAAAUGGGAAGACUUUGCUAGCUAAGGCCACUGCAGGAGAGGCCAACGUUCCUUUCAUCGCAGUCAACGGCUCGGAGUUCCAGGAAAUGUUUGUCGGUGUGGGUGCAGCAAGGAUAAGAGAUUUGUUUGCCACAGCUCGAAAAAAUGCUCCUUGCAUUCUUUUCAUUGAUGAGAUUGAUGCCAUCGGCAGAAAGCGGGGCAAAGAAAACUUUGGUGAUGAGGGCGAACAGGAGAACACCCUCAACCAGCUGCUUGUGGAAAUGGAUGGAUUCAACAGCAGCACUAACAUCGUGGUUUUAGCUGCCACAAAUCGAGCCGAUAUCCUGGAUCCAGCUCUGAUGAGGCCUGGACGCUUUGAUCGACAUGUAUACAUAGGUCCUCCAGAUAUGAAAGGCAGGGCAUCAAUCUUUAAGGUGCAUUUAAGACCUCUGAAGUUGGACUCCAGUGUAGAUGUAGAGACGCUGGCCAGGAAUCUUGCUGCUUUAACCCCAGAUUUUACUGGGGCUGACAUUGCAAAUGUGUGUAAUGAGGCAGCUCUAAUAGCUGCACGUCGUCUCAGCCAGUAUGUCAGUAGCAAACACUUUGAGUGGGCAGUUGAAAGGGUUGUUGGAGGUCUAGAGAAAAGAUCUCAGGUUCUGCAACUUCCAGAAAAAACUACUCUGGCAUAUCAUGAAGCUGGGCAUGCUGUCACUGGGUGGUUUCUUGAACAUGCAGACCCACUUUUUAAGGUGUCACUUGUUCCUAGAGGGACAGGUUUGGGCUAUGCACAGUAUCUACCUAAAGAGCAGUACCUAUUCACACAGGAGCAGCUGUUUGACAGAAUGUGCAUGAUGCUGGGUGGUCGAGUGGCUGAGCAGGUUUUCUUUCGUCAAGUCACCACCAGGGCACAAGAUGAUCUCAGGAAAGUCACACAGUCUGCCUAUGCACAGAUUGUACAGUUUGGAAUGAAUGGUGCGGUGGGUCAGGUUUCUUUUGACCUACCGCAAUGGGGCAGCCUUAUAACUGACAAACCUUUCAGUGAAUCUACAGCCCAGGUUAUAGACCAGGAAGUUCGCUCACUCAUAGAUGCUGCCUUCCAACGAACACUUGAGCUCAUACUUGACAAGAAGGAAAUGGUGGAGAAGGUGGCAAAGCAUCUUCUAGACCAAGAGAUUCUAGACAGGGCUGACAUGGUGGAACUGCUAGGACCUCGCCCCUUUCAAGAGAAGUCCUCAUAUCAAGAGGUUGUUGAUUGCUUGGAGAAAUCUAAAGAAGACACUUUUCUACCUGAAGGACUAACAGACUGGCAAAACAACAAAGGAGAUACAAAACACCUGCAGAAUCGGCAAAACACAUCAGCCCUUUACCUGUAGGUUGUCUUUAAGGUUGUCUCUCAUGUGCGGCACCAUCUGGUCUGGACUGCAGUUUGUCAGAGGUCUGUUAGUGGUUCAUGUGACUGACAACCUUAGGAUAAAAGAUGGUGAUGUGUUGCCCAAGGUUUUGUGCAAUCUGCAAUUUUUUUCAUUGUAGUUUUUAUGUACAAGUGCACUAUUUUGCUGCAGUUGCCUUAUGUUUCCUUUUUUCACUCUGUGGAAGUCUCUAAGUGCAAUAAUACUAACAAAACAUACCAUGAAUAAUUAGAAGAGAAUUAUAUUAUGUUAUUAGAAGGGAAUAAGCCAUCAUGCUAUGUUCUUAUCAGCCGCAGGAAUCAUGUGUUAAGUUUUAUUUUGAGGUUUGGAUUUUCAUACAGUUUUCUAUUCUAUCCUAUUAUUUGCCACAUGUUUAAAGUUCAGAUCUAUUUGAUUGUUGAUUGUUUUAUAUUUCAAUCCUUUUGCAGAUGUUGUUUUCCUUGGAGUCUGCGUAUAUUUAUCAGUAAAGGUAAUUAGAAAUCAGUCAAUGUUUUCUAGCUUUCUCUCUGCGCAUACUAAUCAGUGUCUCCCAGUGUCUCAUAAUAAUCAGGGUAAACAUUUAUGUAGAUAUAAGAACUUCGGAUUAGCUCUGGGAAAGUGUAGCUCAGUAUGGGUCAUAUUGUUUGUCUUGUCUCUGUGUUACAAACUGUCCCUUAGAAUAUAUGAAAAUAUCGCCUGCAUAGUUCACUGGUCAAAGUAGUGAUUAAGGAAGAUUUCUGUCCUUUUAUUCUUUCAAACUGUGCUUUCAGCACAUUUAAUGAGGAUAAAAGAAAUUAGCAACAGCUUAAAGUAAUACAAACACUAAAGUAUUUGUUUGGUACUGUAAAAACAUGAACUUUGCUGUUAUUCAGGAAAUUACUCUGUCAGUUAUGUAUUUAUUUUAUUUUUUCCUACUUCCUGUCUACACUCUGUCAUCUACUGUUGCAUUUCUUAUGCCAGCUGCUCCUCUGCUGGGUAAAUAGUAUUUUUGUAACUAUUGUACUAUUAUAUACAAAUAUGUAGACUAAUAUAUACCAAUCAGUACUUGAACUUGCAAUAUGAGUAAAGUGGGUACUUUUGCACUUUUAGCCAGGAUUCCCAUUA